GUCAGGGACGACAAGGAGGCAGCUGCUGACUCUUCCUGUUUCUUUAAGCUGAUUACAGUGGAAGACAAGACGACUGAUGUUUUAAUGUUUUCAUUUUUAUAAUGACAGAAUUUUGGAGCGAAAACAAAACUGAAUAAAGAGGGUCAGCAUAUGAACGCAAAGUCUGCAAUGGAAAACUUAACCGUGGCCACCAAUCAUUCAGAAUGUUACCCGGUUGACAGCACAUCAAGGAGGAGGUCGUUUCUGUUUUUCUACCUGGCUAUCAUCAUCACUGCCAUCCCGUCCAACGCCUUCUCCCUCUAUGUGUCCUGGCAGCACAUAAGACAGAAGAACGAGCUUGGUGUGUAUCUAUUCAACUUGGCCCUGAGUGACCUAACCUUCACUAUCGGCCUUUCUCUGUGGCUAGAUUUUCUGUGGAAAGGAGUUUGGGCCCAUGGAGGCUACGUUUGUGUGCUAUCCAUAUACUUUCUCUACACUAACUUUUACACCAGUGAUGCUCUCCUCUGCUGCAUCGCUGUUGACCGCUACCUGGCAGUGGUUCACCCAUUAAAGUACACUUCCUUGAGGAAAGUUAACUCUGCAGCAGCGGUCAGUGUUGCCAUUUGGGUGUUGGUGUUCUGUUUCAACGCCACCACCAUCACCUGGGAGGAUUCAUACUAUGAGAACAACAAGUAUUCAUUGUGUUUUGAUAUCUUCCUCCCGCUGUCAGAGAGCCUUGUUCGGGCUAGUGUAGCACGCUUCAUCCUGGCCUUUAUUGUUCCCUUUCUACUCCUGGUGUUUUCCACCUGGGGGAUCUGUGAGGCAGUGAAAUCCAACCAGGCCACAGAGGAACAGGAACGUAAACAGAUUUUGAAGCUGCUGACAGUAGUUCUGCUUUGCCUAUUGUUCUGCUUCGGACCUAUCCACAUCAUAAUGCUCCUUCGCACACUAGUGGACGACUGCAGGAAGGUUGCAUGGCUCCUUUAUCCAUACAAGAUCAGCAUAGCUAUCUCAAGCCUUAACUGCCUUGCAGACCCUCUCCUUUACUGCUUCAUUACUAGAACAGGAAAAGAAAAUGUCAAUCAGGUUGUUCUCUUUUUCCAGGUAAAGAAAAGGAGCAAAGAUGAAGAUGUGGUGUAGGUUAAAUAAAGUACAGGACUAUGUAUAUAUGUGAAUAAUGUGACAACCUUGUGGUGAACAGUUAGACAUUAAACAGUAGAAUAUGAUCCUGAAUUUUGCAAUACAGACACUGCUUCAAAUGUGAGACAGUUGUCAAAUGUUAAAAGUUCUCAGCUAUUAAAAGACAAAACUGUGUUUAUUUUUAUUCUUAUUGUGAACAAAUCUCAAUAGACCAAAACUAGACAAUGGGUUACUCUGUCUCAAAAAACGUUCUGAUACCUUGUCUGUGGCACUCUGCCCCAGCAGUAAUGGAAGAAGUAUUCAGAUGCUUUACUUAAGUAAGAGUACUAAUACCCCCCUGCAUGUUUAAACUAACAGUUUACUUAGCUUGUACUGUACAUCUCAAGGUAUACAGCUGUAUACCCUUUAUCAGCAGUGACUCACAUGGAGGAGUAUUUGUCAAACAUCACAGUUGUUCUGUCAUGUGAAACCCUUCAUCAUUUGAAUAAAAAUAAGAAUAGAAAACGAGCCCUGUGACUUUUAGCACUGGACUAUGAGGACACAUUUGACUGUGUUUUCACGUCAGCUGAUUGUAUCAUACUAUUUGUAUUUUUGGUUUAACAAAUGUGGAAAGGUCAUGGAAAAGUUGUAUUUGAAUUUAACAGAAGAAAAAAAAAGAUUCUUCAUUUUAAGGACAAAUUGAAAUAUUAAUAGAAAAGUUGAUUACUCACUACCAACACAUUAUAAUCUAAAAUGCUUUGAAUUUGCAAAUAAAUGGUGCUUUUAUAAACGGA